GAAAGUAGUUUACUUGACCACAACUCCCACACUCCAUUGUGCUGUCUCAGCCACCUUCAGCAAAAGGCAGGAGUUUUUGGGAAGCUGCAAGAGGCCGUUCGAAUAUAGGGAUCCCUAGAGGGGAUCCGUCGGUGCCACUCCUAGUACAGUGUCUGUGUGUUUAUCACAGGAUCACUUACCUGAUGACAUGAUUCAUGGGGAUGGGCCAGCAGACAUGACCACCGAAGACCCGGAGAUGAAGAAUGCGGACCAAGAUAAGCUUGCAGGAUCCUAUGAGCGACAUGAAUCUGUUGCUACAACGGAGGCCAGGCUGAGGAUGGAAGGUGUGGAACUUAAAGAGGAAUGGCAAGAUGAGGACUUUCCAAGACCUCUCCCAGAAGAUGACCAUAUCGAGGGGGAUUUCUUGUGCGGAAGUGAUGGAGAUGGUAGACCAGCUUGGGCUUUCCCAGUACUGGAUCAGUCAGUUUACUGUAUGCCUUACUCAGCAUUUCAUAAUUCACUUCCAAGUCCAGUGGAAAUUAACAGCAAUAAGAAAUCAAAGAAGAAACUGACUGCCCCCAACCUUAGCUUGAACCUGGAUCGCAGCGAGGGCUCCAUUUUGUCAGAAGACUUGGAUGAAAGUGGAGAGUUGGAUUUAGAUGAUUUGGAUACUGCAUCUGAAAACAGCAACGAGUUUGAAUGGGAAGAUGAUCUUCCAAAACCAAAGACUACUGAAGUGCUACCAAAAGGUUCUAUUCCUGAAUAUACUGCGGCAGAGGAGAAAGAGGAAAGCAGACGCUGGCGUAUGUUCAGAAUUGGCGAGCAAGAUCAUAGGGUUGAUAUGACUGCCAUAGAACCAUAUAAAAAAGUUAUUAGCCAUGGAGGUUAUUAUGGAGAUGGAUUAAAUGCAAUUAUAGUGUUUGCUGUGUGCUUUAUGCCUGAUAGUGGUCAACCUAAUUAUCGCUACCUAAUGGACAAUCUAUUUAAGUAUGUUAUUGGCACUUUGGAAAUGUUAGUUGCAGAAAACUACAUGAUAGUUUAUUUAAAUGGAGCCACAACGCGGAGGAAAAUGCCUAGCCUAGGAUGGCUUAGGAAAUGCUAUCAACAAAUUGAUAGGAGGUUACGGAAAAAUCUCAAGUCUUUGAUCAUAGUACACCCUUCCUGGUUUAUCAGAACACUUCUAGCUAUCACAAAGCCCUUCAUUAGCUCAAAAUUCAGCCAGAAAAUUAAAUAUGUCUUUAGCUUGGUUGAAUUAGCAGAACUUAUUCCUAUGGAGUACGUCAGCAUACCGGAAUGCAUAAAAGAGUAUGACGAAGGAAAAUGUAAAAAGAAACACAAAAGAGUUGAUAAAGAACUGAAGAAAACUGAAGACCAAGCCAGUGGGCAGUAAGUGCAGAUGGAGCUGAAGGCACCUGAGAAACAUACUGCAAGGAACAGGAGUACAUUUGUAUUUCUUCAGUUUGCUGCAUAUCAAUUUUUAUGGUUUUUCUACUACCUGUCCUGAACGGUUAUUCUACAGAUGUCACUCAGUUAGAGAUAAGGAGCGGAUCUGUACUGAGGCAAAACUGUUGGAAAAAAAAAUAAUACAGUCUUUUUAUUUGUAAUAGAAUAUAGAGCAUUUUGGGCUCGAACUGGAUUCCAGAACUAUGGAGACAGUGCAGACUGUAAGGGUUUGGGUGCUUUUGCAUAAAGCGGCUUUGCCUGCAUUAUCCCUGCCAUAUUGAGAUUCAGCUGGUUCACCCUUAUUUCAUUCAUUCAUUGUUGACCUGGUGCCAAAAAACUUUUUAACAGCUACUGCAAUAGAAGUACCCAGGAAGAAAUUCACAAACUUCAGUAAUUAUAAUUAUGGGGAAUGCAUUCUAGACACCUGAUAAAAAACAUCAGGAUAUCACAAAUUCAAAAGCCUUUAUAUUAAGGGCAAGGCAAAUUAAAUAACCACAGUAGUAAAUUUGCAUUAAUUACAAAGCAGGAAAUAGUUGUGUCUUACAAACAGUUGACUGCCUACGUCUAUAUAGUCUGUUGUUUAACUCCAUUUAGUUUUACUGUUUUUUGAAAAAAAAGUAUGAAAUUCUGGAAAAUAAAAGAUUAUAAGGCAGGCCACUCUGUCUUAUAUAGAAAUAGAUGUUGAACAUAAUUUUCCUUAGCAAAUAACAAUAAAAUAAAUCUUAGUUAACACGCCCUAGUAAUUUAUAAAAUAUAUUGUUUUCUACAGCAUUUAGCAUAUUAAGGAUAUCGUUACAAGAGCAGUUGUAGCUCAGUUUGACUCCCACAAAUUCCCUUGUGUUGCUGAUUAUUUCAACUAUGGUUUUAUAUGCAGGCCUGGACUAGGAUUCAAAAUAGGCCCUGGCAUUUAAAGUACACAGAGGCCCUUACCAGCUCAGUAAAUAGUGACUGUCUAUGGCAUCUUACAGCAGCCCCUCUAGCAUUUGCCAGAAUCCACAGAUAGCCAGUCCUGCUCAAAUGGAUAUCCUGUAGACUUGCAUUGUAGUGCCUACUGUUUUGUUUUUUCCCUCCUAAAUAAGGUUUCUUUGUACUUCAGGUUUUACCAGUCAUUUUGAUCAGACAACUGAAAUGCAGAAUGUUAGAUAGGAAUAUGUAAGUGACGGGCUAAUGUCCAUUUGCAGCAAAUAAGCCAUGGUCUGAGCAGGAGCAAAUACGUGAACUAUGCUUUUUUUAAAAGUUUUUCGGGUGCUGAAAAACAUGUAAAAAGCAAAAUGUUUAUGAUUUCAUUGGGGCAAUUACCUUCCACUUUCAGCAGAACUAUAGGAGAGGGGGGAUAAAUAACUUUUCCUGCCUUUCCAAACAAAAACACUGAAGGGUUUUUACAGAAUGUUAUUUUACAGGUUAGUUUUUAUUAUACCAUCUGUGAUUUGUUCUGCAUUUUAUUAAACAUAUAACAUUCUCUAGA